AGAAUUAUUCAAUUUCACCUAAAAACGAAAAAUCUUCGCCGUGGGUAUGGGUGGGUGUUAGUGUGUGUGUGUGUAAGUGUGUGGAUGCUGUUAAUGAAAAUUGCAGUAACGCCAACAACAACAAAAACAACAACAGCAACUACAUCAACACGGGCCAUAAAAUAAUUUGAAUCGGUAAACACAGACACAGCCGCGGCGCCAUGGUGAUAAGUCAAACAGAUGCACCCCCAAAUGGGGGGGCUGCGGCAGCGGCGGCGACUGGCGGCAACAACGCUGGUCAAUCAGUUACAACAGCUGGCCUAGAUGCAUCUGGCAACACGUUAUCCCAUCCCUCGGGAAUCCCACAGGAUCAAAUAGACAAUAUUAUGAGUGGCAUAUGCAAUACUGGUGAUGUAAAAAUGAACAAUCAUCGCAAAAAGCUGCGACAAAGAUUUGAUAUUAUUAAGAAAUUAGGUCAGGGCACUUAUGGCAAAGUGCAGUUAGGUAUUAAUAAGGAAACGGGCCAAGAGGUGGCCAUCAAGACCAUUAAGAAAUGCAAAAUAGAAGCGGAAGCGGAUCUGGUGCGCAUACGCAGGGAAGUGCAGAUAAUGAGCUCCGUUCAACAUCCAAAUAUUAUACACAUCUAUGAAGUAUUCGAGAAUCGUGAGAAAAUGGUGCUGGUUAUGGAAUUCGCCGCUGGCGGUGAGCUCUAUGACUAUUUGUCCGAGAGGAAAGUGCUUAGUGAAGAGGAGGCUAGGCGUAUCUUUCGUCAAGUGGCCACAGCUGUCUAUUAUUGUCACAAACAUAAGAUCUGCCAUCGAGAUUUGAAGCUGGAAAAUAUACUGCUCGAUGAGCAGGGCAAUGCCAAGAUUGCUGACUUUGGUCUAUCUAAUGUAUUCGACGACCAGCGACUGUUGGGCACUUUCUGUGGCUCUCCACUGUAUGCUUCGCCUGAAAUUGUCGAGGGCACACCCUAUCAGGGACCUGAAGUCGACUGCUGGUCAUUGGGUGUUCUGCUCUACACUCUGGUCUAUGGUUCCAUGCCCUUCGAUGGUUCCAAUUUCAAAAGACUUGUCAAGCAAAUCAGUCAGGGCGAUUACUAUGAACCACGCAAGCCAUCCCGUGCCUCGACCCUUAUACGGGAUAUGCUGACAGUGUGUCCUCGGAAAAGGGCCACCAUUGAGCAGAUCUGUUCACAUUGGUGGGUCAAUGAGAACGAUAAUGUAUCAUGUUUGGAUUUAGCUGAAGAUUUGGCCAACCAGACACCCGUGCGUCUGGAUGUUCUACUCUCACUGACCCCAGCUGCCAUAACGGCAGAUCAAUUGGUUGUGCCAUCGGCUGAGGGUAUAGCUGCAGCCAAGGCGGCGGCGGCGGCUGCUGCUAAUGAACGGGUGCCACGUUCCCACUCCGUGGGCUCUAUACGUGAGAAGGCCCAACCGAAUACCGAGGCAGAACGUCGCAUUCUGGAUAUGGUGGCUGCUGGCGGAGAGGCUGCUUUAAUGCCGUCACCCACACGAACCAUUACACCCGCCCAGAGUCCUGUGCAGACCAAGCGUAAACUUCAGCCCACUGUAUCCACUGAGAAUGCUGCGGCUGCCAAAAAGAAGGAGAAACCGGCCAACAGUUCGUUUGUGAUCACCGAAAGAUCACAACCACCACAAGCACCAGCAGCAGCACCACUGACUGAAACGACGCCCACGGCCACGCCUACGCCUAUGGAAACAGAGAGUGCCAAUGAAGAGCGAGCAAGAAAUUUCUCACAAAAGGAUAUGCAAGCGGUUGGAGAUCUAUGUGAACAACUUAUAAGUGAUGUACCGGCUGUUCCCGGUGCAACCGCUGCUUCUGCUACCGCUGCUGCUCCUCCACCACCAGUGCAACGGCAAACUACACGUGGCAAGCUAGAUGCUGUUGUUGAGACUCCUGAGGAAAAGGAUGCAACUAAAGUGAUUAAAAAGUUUGUUAACAAACAUAAAACCGCCGAUUUGGUCAAUGCCAUCAAUGAGAGUGCCAACAAUGCAAAAGCAACGCCAACACCAACGACGACAACAACAACAACAACAACAUCGUCAAAUGCUGCUCCAGUGCCUCCAUUUGUGCGCAAAUGCAGUCUACAGGAUGAGUCCACGCUCAAUAAAUUCAAUGCCGAACGGCGAAAGUCGCGUAUUCUGGAAACGGCUGAAAAGUUCCAGCCACCACCACCAGCACCUACCAAUGCCGCUGCUCCCGAGAAGCCCAAAAAGCUGAGCAUUCCCGGUGUAAGUGUUGGCAGUUUCAAGAAGGAGUUCGAACGAAAGGCCACCAAUCCCCCGACAUCGGUGGGACCCACACCGGGUGAAUUGCGUGCUCAAGAGCAGGUGGCGGCUGCAGCAGCUGCAGCUCAAGAGGCUGAAGCACUGGCCACACCACCAGCGUCACCAGUGACAGUGACAGCACCAUUACCACUUACACCACAACAACAACAACAACCAGAUCAAUCCCUAGAGGGCAGCGAUUCGAAAAACUCUGUAGCCUCUAUAUCUUUGGAUGAGGCGCGUCGCUCUAUGGAAAACUCAAUUGCUCUGCUCCGGCAGGCACAAAAUGAAUCCAACAAGGAGCUGGAUCAGCUGUGCGCUCAAACCGAGACAAUCGGUGUCAGCGAUCAGGAGUCGCCUGUCAUUGAAGAUCGGGAGCGUAAGUUAAAGAAUGCUCGUGCCAUCAUUGGAAAUGCCAUUCAGCCGGUGAUACGCAGGCCAACACCAUUUUAUGGCAUCGGCAACAGCAACGGUAGCAACGGCAGCUGUGUAGGCGCGGGUACGGCCGGGCCGUUUGGGUUAGGAGCAGGAGGAGGAGCCGGCAAUAGUUUCAUUGGCUAUGUAAACGAAACGAAUGCAUCACCCUUAUCGCCUCCAUUAUUAGUGUCUGGGCCACAAACAGCUCCGCCAGCCCUGUUCAGUCCGAGCGCCAUGGAAAAUGCCAAACAGACCAUACAACAGCGUCUGCUCAAUCUCGGCGUGACGGGAGCUAAGCGACCAGCCACUUGGCAGCCACAGGCAGCCUAUAGCACAUCCAGCAUAUUCCAGCCGGCCAACCAUCCAAAUAACAGCCCCUUUAAAUUGAUUCAGCAGCAAUAUCAACAAAAGUGUCAAGAUCAGGACCACCAACAGCAGCAACAGCAGCAACGCCAGAGUCAUGGUCCCAUUAUGUUUACGCCGCCGCCAUCACCGCAAUAUGCCCACGGUCAAGCCCAUGCCCAUGCCCAUGCCAACGCCUACAACAGCAGCAACAACAACAACAGCAGCAAGAACAAUAUAAAGAAUAACAACCACAACAACAACCAUAUUGCGAUGCCUAAUGCCAAUUUCAAUUCGCGCACCAGACCAUAUCAUAAUCAAGCUCAAGACACAUUCAAUAAAUAUGCCAGUACUACUACUACUUCUUCUGCCAUGCCUCCUGCUGCGUCCAUGUGGCUGAAAUCUUCGCCCGGUGGCGAUGGAACUGGUGCUCCGGGAGGUGCUGUCAAGACAUCAACUGCCUCAAUUACGCUCAAAUCGGCCACGCUGCCACGUCGCAAAAUCAAUGCUGGGAAAACAGAAGUACAAUUGGAUAUUAAGCCACGUAUACCAGAGCAACCACAACCAGCUAUGCGUUUCAGUACUGAAAUGCAGCAUCCUGUAGCCGAUUUACGUAGUGCUCCGCCACGUGAAGGCCCCAUACCAUAUAGUCCCAUCAAAACGUCUGUGCACACAAGGGCCACCAGUUUGGAGCCAAAAGAGCAUAUUAUAACCAUACAGAAACCACCCACGCAGCAUGCCUACGGACGCACUAGCUCCAAUACAACCACGCGUUCCGGUUCACUGUCACGUCAAUCUACGGUUGAAUCUGAAUCGGAUGCAACUACCACUACGGCUACAAACAUGUCACAAUCAACUGUUACUGGCGCCUCGCAGCCCAUCAAGAAGAGUCCCAGGGAAUUUAUCAUACCAAUUGCCGUUGAGGGCGGCGGUUUUAUAACGCCAAGAGAACGAAGCAUUGAACCAUCAGAAUCGAGUCAUACGACCGCCUCUAGUCGGUCAACAUUCAGUCGCCUGCGUCCCUCGCGUCGCAUUAAUUCACUGCUCAGCGAGGCUGGCUUCGAUGAGGGCUCGCCAUUCCAAAAGAUGCGCACAACUUCUAUUACACGUGACGGCGGUGGCAACGAUGAUGAGGCAGGACGUUUCACCCCGCACAGACUAAGAAGCUCAAGACCUGUCAAGAAAACUAGUCAAGACAACGAUUCACAAAGCUCUGGCGAAGAGGAUGAUGACGAUGAUGGCUUUGAGAUACUCACAGCGGAGAAUCUGUUCUCGACAUUAUUGCAGAGAGUGCGAGCCUUAACGAAUAGCCUGAAUGUCAACAGUGACCUGUCAGUUGGUUUUCCCAGUCAUUCUAGUCGCCUACUCACGGACAUUUCGCGGCAGGCACAAAGUCAUAGCCCCUUCUGGAGUCAGGGCAGUCCAUUUGGCAGCGCGCUUAAAUCUCAAGUUAGUUAUAGCUAUAGCGAAACAAUUGAGAAAAAGAAAGUCCGCCUGAACAGUGGCAGCAACAGCAGCGGCCUGGGUGCCCCCUGGCGUCACAGCAUGUCCCGGGAUUUGGGUAGCGACAUGGAGUCAAUGUUCUCUCGCACAGGUGCCACGUUGCCAAGAGGUCAUCAUCAGCAUCAUGGCAAACCUAGCUCAGCUCCGGCAAAUGUGGAGAAAACUUCAAAUGCCACGGAGGAACCACUCGAUUUGGCUGAUUUGGAUCUGUCACGUUUGCGUCUGAGUAAAAAGGAUUUGGAAACAUUGUCGAGCAUAACACCGGGUCUUCCGAAAUGCUUUCAGGAACAGCUAUUGGCCAAGUUGCCACCAACACAGGCUCGCAAAUUAUCACGCACAUUGAGUGUUCAGAAUGGUACACCAGGUGAGAGUCCUGUUGGCAAAGUGUACAAGCGUAGUCAGAGUAGUGGACGUGGCGGAACUUAUACACCAGCGGAGGAGGAACCAAAUCAAAAGCCUUUAACAGAUGCACCCAAGACCACAGCGGCCAGUACGGCCAUCUAUAGACGCAGUCUUAGCCGCACAAGUCAAGCUCAGAGUCAGAGUCAGGCUCAGAGUCAACUGGAGACCAGCACUACCACCACUACGGCCACGACCGCCAUCGCCACCGCCAGCAAGAGUCGAAGUAGCAGCGUUUGUCGUGAUGACUAUGGCAAAACAUCUCUCUGCAGCAGCACCAACUACACCAGUGACAUUAGCGAAAAAUACAAAUACUAUUCGCCGUAUUUGAACAAGUCGAUGAAUGGUAGCAAUUCCAAUGGUUCGACAUUGAAGGAGACGCCGGAAAAACGUUAUAGCGCUGCUUUGGGGCGUCCACCAAGUGGUUGCCUCUCGCCGCCGCCGCAAUUGCCAAACAUUGGCAGUUUGCCCGAUGGCAGCAGCUCCCUGCGUAGACGCACCUCGCAACGCCGAAUCUCACGUUUUCUGCGGCCCGACUUCUUUGACGAGCCGCGCGAUCGUGAACGUGAAACCCAGAGCAUGCUUCGCGAUAUACGAGAAAAGUCGGCGGAACGCGAUGAACAAUCUGAUAUGCGGCGCCGCAAACACAGUCUGCCCAAUGUCGAUCCCGAGCAGACGGAAACCCAAAUGGCCAAAUCAACGAUGCGACAUGCUCGCAAUAAGAGCAUGGAACUGUUCACCGAAGGCGUCUCGGAGAAAGCUACGGAGCAGAAAGUUCACGAAGUCUCCAAACGACGCAGUCUCUCCCGUCCACGUGAGCUGGAGACAGAGCUGGAUAAACAUGAGCUGGCCGACAAGAUACUUCAGGAGCUUCAAUUACUUUCGGCCGUGCGGACACAGCAAGAACAGGAAACAUGUGCUGGCCAGGCAGAAGAAACAUCAACCAUUAAGAAGGUAAAGAGAGUAAAGGCCAAGGACACGGAUGGUGAAGUGACAACUAAAGGCACAACCACAACUACAACAACCACAACAUCCACUUUAGUACGUAAGGUUAAGAAAGUGACAAAGAAAUCAGAUGAAGGCUUGAAACCACUUAACACCAAUGCGGACUUGGCUACAAACGAGCAUCUACCAGCGGCCAAAGAGACCAAAUUGAAGCGACCCAAAUCCUAUCCCAUGAAAGAUGUCGGCUUGAGUUUGACCAAGCAAAGCGACACUGAUCAAGUAGUUAGUGCUGUUCCCAGUAAAUUGCCCAGCAAACUGCCCACAGCGGCUAGUGGUGCCAGCAAUGAACCAGCAUUGGAGGCAGCAACACCGCGAGAGAGUCGCCUAAUGCGACCGAAGAGUUAUCCAGCCACUAAACUAACUACACCCAAGGAGAUACGGAAGGUAACACGCAGCGGCGUGGCUAUAGCCACUAUUACGGAGGCUACACCAAGUGUCAACACUCCCAUUAGCAGUUCCAAGUCCACAUCGGAGGAGAAAUCUCUGUCGGCGACACCAACAGGCACAAUGAAUGCCAUUCCCGAUGCCAAAGACUCGGGCUCAUCCUCAAGCGAACCCUCACGACCCACGACUAUCAAAAAGAUUAUCAAAGUGACAAAGAAAUCCAAGCUGGUUCCUCCCACACCGGUGACACCGCCAACCACCGCCACCACCACUACUACGACAACAGCCACUACAACACCCGUGGACAGUUCAAAAGAAUCGAGUCCUGUGAUUAAAUCCAAGGAUAAAUCGCCUGAGAAAAAGGUAUCCGGCAAGGGAUUGUUCUACGCCAUUGGACAGAAGUUUGAAAAACUGAGAGAUUCGGCCAUGAGCAAGGACCGAAAAGUAGCCCCCAGCGCCACAACAAAUGUGGCUCUGGCCUGCACAUUGAAACAAGGAUCGGGAUCGCCAGAAGAGCGUAGCUCCCCAGAGAAGAACACAAUCCUGCGCAAGAAGAAAUCUUUUGAGACGGAGAAAUUAAACAUUGAGCUCAAUGAGGAUAAACGCACGACGGUAGACAAGAGAUCCCGCUUCGACAGUAUGCUGCGCUCAUUGCGAGAACGUUCGGUGCCCCGAUCACAGACCAGCAACAGUGCCAGGGCCAGUGCUAGUCCCAAGAGGGCAGCCAGUGUAGAGGAAUUGCUCGUGGGACAAGACGAAAACGGAGGAGUUGGAGGAACAGGCAAUGGAAAGCAAGGAGGAGCUGUUAAUAAAAUGUUCGGUGGCCUCUUGAGGCGUUUCGAUCGCGAGAGCAGUGAACAGAGGCGAGUACGCACCACCCGCUCCACUAGUAAUAUCGAACGCCAAGUCCACGAAGAACAAGAAGCAUCUCUGCCAACAUCCCCCAUCUACCAGAAUGUUGUGAAACCCAAAGCCACAACUACCACCACCACCACAACCACCGAGGAGAAUUGUAACUGUCAGACUGCAUGCCCGGAUUGCAUACAAAAUAAGAGCCAAGGUGGUAAAUUCUCCGCUGCCGCCACCAGCUGCAACACCACCAACAACAAGGACAAACGCAAGGGUCUGAUGCUGGAUCUGGCAAGUGCUCCAAUUGGAACUAUUGCUGGGACUAGCGCAGGGACCACCACGACCACAACAAGUGGUGGCAGUAGCUAUCGUGGUUCACGGACCAAUCCUGCAUUGCUCAACGGCAACGGUGGACUGGGCUUGGGACUCUACUCCAAUUUGCCUCCCUAUCCGGGAGCUGUUAAGAGCGCCUCCUCCAACAACAGUUCCAGUCAGCAGUCCAUGGAGAAUGCCACCAAUAACAACUCUUCCAAUACCAACAAUAACAAUUGCAGCUCUCAAACUUCUGGGUAUCGCACCUCAUCCGCCCAUGAGAUCAAUCGCAAUAAUGCCCUAUUGACCCCGUCUUUCGAGAACAUUGCCAACUAUUCAUCGGAUUCGCGUAGCUAUCAGGACGAUUGUGCCUCAACGUCAACGUUUCUAUCGCCAACCGAAGAGCCGGAAUUGUAUUUUGAUAACUGGUCAAUUUGUUCCGAGGAUAAUUACAUGUUGCAUGCCACACCCUCGCCCACAGUGUCGCGUUUGUCGAGGGCCUCCCUGUCAUCGCCCACCCGCUGUUCGGAAAGCUCUGAUCCCAACGAGAGUGUCAUCGAUCGCAUCAAACGUCGCAGCUUCUACAGUCGCUUCAACGAGCAGAAGAAGCCACGUCGCACCAGCAGCAUAGUGGGCCCAUCCGCAGUCCGGGACUACUAUAGAGAACAACAGGCGGCAGUCAAAGCGCGUUCCAAUCACAAAUUGCACGCCCCCGAAGUGGAAACGCGUGCCCAUUCACCCGACAUUGCCCAACAGUUCUUUAGACCCCUCAAACUGAGUCCUGUGGGCACAGAGCUUAAGCCGCCAGUCUAUCGAUCGCCCUUGGACUACACUUCGGCGGGAUCGACUGGAGCCACAAGCAAACCACGCAAAAGCCUAAAUGAUAUACGAAACACAUCGCCAUCGUUUCUAAGCAAGCGCUACGAUUCCCAUGACUACAGCUCAGUGCCGAUGCGCUAUAAGAGCUCCUCGAGUUCCAGUCCCAGCAAUGGAACAGCAGGAGCCGUGGCCAGUGGCUACUACAACACCUACAAUCCCAAGCGUCGUUCUUCCUACACUCUGAACAGCAGUCUACCCACGGCCAGUGGCAGCAGCAGUAAUGCGACUAGCCAUCUAGAUGGCUAUGCCACUCUGGGCCGCCGUUCCAUACGCGCCUAUGAUCAUCGCACAAUGUCGCUGUUGGAGCCACCAACUAGUAGCAGUAGCGCAGCCACUGGCAGCAGCAGUUAUCACAGGCGUGAAGGUCGAACACCAGUCCGGGAUUAUACCUCCAGCAUUUCACGAUCUGGUUCGCGUUAUCGUACCUCAUCGGCCACAAGAAGUCCGACAAACAUUUGAUGUUCCACGCCGCAGAAUGGUUUCUGCAUUUUCUGCUACUACUCCAAACGGAAAAAAUCUCAACAUACCCUGACCACACCUCCAAAUACAACGGCAUCGUCAUCGGCGUCGGCAUCCUCGUCAAGGGCCAGCAGUGGUGGGAUUAAGAAGUUAUUACAGCCCGCCCAACCAUCCACCAACCAUCAUCAUCAUGAGCAUAAUAAGUUUUAAGAGCUCGACAGAUCCAUAGAUUCGAUUUAAUAAUUAUAAUCACUUGAAAACUUAGUUAUAGGGAGAAAUUUUUGAUAAUUGUGUUUUUUUUUAUAUAGUCAAAAGUUUAUAGUUAGAGCUCAUUAUAGUCGUAGUCCAGUAGUGGAACCGAUAUUUACAUACAUACAUAUAUGAUAUAGAUAUAGAUUUAUAGUUGUUUCAGCAAUGGAUUGUAACGAAUCUGAUCAAGACCAUAACGCUACCAUAUACAUACAUACGAUUUUCAAAUGAUUGUGCCUUGGUUCCUUUCGGCGGUUUUAGAGUUUAGCCUUACAAUUAGCUAUCUAUACAUACAUAUGUAUAUGUAUAGUUAUAUAUAUAUAUAUAGUGCAUUAUAUAUAAAGUUGAUUAGUUGAUUUGGUCUAUAAGCUAUGAAAGUGUUGUAGAAACUGAAGAUGUGAAAAGAAACAAGCCUCGCCAAACAAAAACAAAACAAAACAAAAAACCCAA